AUCAUUUAAACGCUUCAAAAUACGAUGUAUUUCCAUUAUUGGUUUAAACUGCAGUUUAACAUCGAAUAAUAGCACUAGAAAUUUUUACAAAAAAGAUAGGAUAAAAUGGCGGCGGGAAUGGAUGUUCGAGACAUUUUGGAAUUAGAAGGCCCAGAACAACAAUUUAUCACAAAAGAUGCUUUGAUGAAUGAUAAAAAGAAAAAAGUAGCCAGGAAAUCUGACCUUUCAUUCAAGCGGCCAGAGGGCAUGCAUAGAGAGCUAUGGGGACUUCUCUGGACAGAUAACAAAGAUGCACCUCCUAUCAUACCGACUGAUACAAACCAGGGUUAUAAGCAAAUGAAGGCAAAAAUAGGUAGCAGUAAAGUGCGGCCAUGGAAAUGGAUGCCUUUUACAAACCCAGCAAGAAAGGAUGGUGCAGUGUUUUAUCAUUGGAGGAGACUUGCAGAUGAAGGAAAAGAUUACCCAUUUGCAAGAUUUAACAAGGCUGUAGACAUACCAGUGUAUUCAGAUCUUGAGUAUCAGCAGCAUCUUCAUGAUGACAACUGGACAAGACAGGAAACCGAUUUUCUGUUUGAUCUGUGUAAACGAUUCGACUUGCGUUUUAUUGUAAUUCAUGAUCGCUGGGACAGGGAUAAAUUCCCAAACAGAAGUGUGGAGGACAUCAAAGAGAGAUACUAUUGUAUCUGUAAUACUCUAACAAAAGUCAGAGCACCACAAGGCUCAGAGCCAAAAAUCCGAGCUUUUGAUGCAGAGCAUGAAAGAAAAAGAAAACAGCAGCUGGUGAAGCUAUUUGACAGAACUCCUGAGCAGGUGGAAGAGGAGGAACAUUUAAUUGCCGAGUUGAAGAAGAUCGAACUGAGGAAAAAAGAGCGGGAAAAGAAAACUCAAGAUCUGCAAAAACUAAUCACAGCAGCCGACAGUAACUUUGAUAGCAGACGGUCAGAGAAAAAACAGACCAAGAAAAAGAUUCACAUGCCUCAUCAAAAGAUAAAUCCAACAGUGGCUACACCAGAGCCAAGUGGAAUUAAAUUUGCUGACUUUAAAACGUCAGGAGUGUCUCUGCGAAGCCAAAGGAUGAAAUUACCAGCAUCAAUUGGACAAAAGAAGAUGAAAGCAAUUGAACAAGUUCUGGAAGAGCUUGGUAUAGAAUACAAUCCAAUUCCCACAGAGGAUACAGUCACUCAUUUCAAUGAACUUCGACAAGACAUUGUUUUACUUUAUGAACUGAAAAUCGCCCUUGCAACAUGUGAUUACGAAUUGGAGUCUUUGAAACACAGAUUUGAAACUCUGGCACCUGGAAAGCCUCUUCCAAUUGAAACAUCUAUUAAAUCUGAGCCAGAAUCGGGGGUGCUAGGAGGAGAAACAUCAGCUUCCCUUGUCAAUCUCAGCAUCUCCCCCGACUCCCCAUCCAAACUUAAAAAGCUGUCCGAGGCUAUUGAUGUUGUCAGUACAAAUCCCCCAGGAACUCCCAAUAGAAAACGAAAAGCAGCAUUAGAGCAGGGUAAUAUGCUGAAGAAAAUGAAACAGAAAGUAUGAACUUAAACUACCCAAACAGUGGCAAUGUUAGAGAGAAUUUAUCAACAGACUACAUGUACAUCCUGUGACCUCUUGUCACAUCAAAAUGGAUAAAAGCUACCCAAACAAUAUGGCAACAUUAGUGAGAAUUUAGCAGCAGACUACAUGUAUAUCCAGUGACCUGUUGUCUCAUUAAAAUGGAUAAUGCACUACAAAGAAUCUGCUGUGUAAAAAUUCCAUUACAUCAAAAAUGCAGCCUGAGACAUUAAUCCAUAUCAUUGUUAAGUGUGAAUGAAUACCUCAACUGACUGUCAUUUGUAUCAGAAGGAAAUACAGUCCAUUCAGUUGGCAUUAUAGUGUAUUUCCUCAUCCUCCUAGUACAUGUGUACUUGUGCUGUUUUAUUCAAAAACUUGUUAGGAGAAUGGUUGAACUUGAAGGCAAGAAUAAAACACAU